UACUGUUGUCAAUUUUCUAGAACUGUGUUUACAAAACGUUCAAUUAACGAUUGGUAUAUUUCACACAAAAGGCAGUAAAUAUCUAUUAAGUGUUUAAAGUAAAUAAGUCAAAAUGAAUUCGAACAAGUUUCGUCAGAUGGAAGACGAAAUGAGCCGAUUUGAGGCCGAAAUUUCGGGCCAAACCUUAAUGAAUAAUACAUACUCGAACGCGUAUGGACUCCCAACAUUCGGAAAUAUACCUCCACCACCCACACCUCCCCUGCUCAUCCCUCAUCAAGUGAAGCAAAAAAAGUCAUCAAACUUUGAUGUGUAUACCCACUCGUCCCAACCUGCUGUAGUGUCCGCCAAACCUACAUUAUACACAAGUGCGACUAAAGCUGCACAAGCUGCUGCAAUCGCUCAAGGGCAAGCUGCAGCUGCAGCAGCAGCUGCUGCUUCGAGUACCGCAAAUCAACAACAAGUUGACUUCAUUGCACUACAAUCAGAAGUCGAAAAGAAGCUUAAACGAUUGAAGGGUGAAAAAGUUAGUGCAGAAUUGGCCAUUUCGCAAGGUAAAGCAAGUAGUGCAUUGCAAUCUUUUGGUUAUGAUGAUUACAGAAAAAGGGGCAAUAAAAAUCGGAAAUUAAUGCGCACUGGUGGGGGACAAACAUGGGAAGAUCUCUCAAUGAAUGAUUGGCCUGAUGAUGAUUUUAGAAUAUUCUGUGGUGACUUAGGCAAUGAUGUAACUGAUGAACUCCUCACCAGGACUUUUAACAAAUAUCCCUCUUUUACUCGCGCUAAAGUUAUCAGAGAUAAGCGCACUAAUAAAAGUAAAGGAUACGGAUUUAUCAGUUUUAGAGAUCCAGCUGAUUUCACCAAAGCCAUGAAAGAAAUGAAUGGGCGAUAUGUAGGUAGCAGGCCAAUUAAAUUACGGAAAAGUACAUGGAGGAAUAGAUGUAUUGAUGUUGUUAAGAAGAAGGAAAAGGAGAAAGCUGCUUUAAUAGCAAUGUUAACGUCAGGAAAUGGAAGAUGAAUUGUAAAGUAAGCGAAUUGGGGUAUUUAUUUUUUUGAAACUUAAUUUUUCUCAAUGUAAAUAUAAUAAAACGAAUUUAUUGAA